GUACAGGGAUGACAGAAGAGGGAGAGGAUACAGAGGUCAAGGUCACUGGGGUCGAGGAGGUCAAAGGAGAUAUAAUGAUAAUGAUAGAGGUCAUCCAGAAAUGGAAGAAGACAGAUAUGAAGCACAUGAUCCGGGACAGGGUUACCGGGGAAAUAGAGGAAGGGGAAGAGGAGGUAGACGUGGGGGAUCAGGCCGAGGACAUAGAGGUUAUGCUGAAGACAGGAGAGAUGAGAGACCAGGUGGAUCUGGACGAGGUGGUAAGGAAAGGCCUCCGCCAGGGCUGAAGGGGAGGGAGAUUGGCAUGUGGUAUGCUAGAAGAAGCAGAGCAAAUGCUGAACAGAGGGAGAAAGAUCAGCGCCCAGAAGUGAAGAUGGUUCAACAUCAGGAGCAAAAUAUUCGUCAGUUGCUACAUGACAUAAAGUCUAGUAGAGAUUGUCCACCUCAGCCUAGCAGAUCUGGUGCUGAACUACCUCCAGAGAGUGAAGAAAUGGAUUGGUUUGAUGAAGACAAAAAGUUCAAAAAGGAAUUUUGUGAUGAGUACGAUGGCCAAGAAGCUGAAGAAAGAACUUCAAAUCGAAAUGUCAAAAGAGAACCUGAAAGUACAGAGCUACCUGUCAAAAUAGAAACUGGAACAGCUGACCUAAAUAUUAAAACAGAAGCUGGAACUGCUGAUCUAAAUAUUGAAACAGAAGCUGGUACAUCUAAUCCAAAUAUUAAAACAGAAGGUAGAGCAGCUGAUUCCGUACUGGAGCCAGUUAUUGAAAUACUGGAUGAUGAGGAUGAUGAAUUACCAGCAAUAACGGAGAUGAUGAAGUUCAAUGAGGAGGAGGAUUAUAUGAUAAAAGAUGAUGAAGAAGUUAUAAUAAUCCCUGAUUCACCAGAUAGAGAUCAGCAGGAUCUGGACAGGCAGUUAUCAGAGAACUUCAAUCAGAAACAGGAAAAUCUCGCUUAUCAGCGCAUGCAGAAGUUCAGACAAAAACUGCCAUCAUAUAAUGAUAGACGAAAAAUUGUAAAUAUGAUACAUGCAAAUCAAGUUGUGGUACUGAGUGGAGAAACAGGCUGUGGAAAAACUACCCAAGUACCACAGUAUAUCCUGGAUGAUUUUAUAGAGCAGGAUAGGGGGUCACAGUGUAGAAUUAUCUGUACACAGCCUAGACGUAUAAGUGCAAUAUCGGUAGCUGAAAGAGUAGCUGCAGAAAGGGCAGAAGCAUGUGGGAAUGGGAACUCUGUUGGAUAUAUGAUUCGUCUUGACAAUAAGCUCCCCAGAAAUGAUGGGUCUAUACUUUAUUGUACAACUGGUAUUUUGUUGAAAGUGCUCGAGAGUGAUCCGUUAUUACAUAAAGCCACACAUAUCAUACUAGAUGAGAUACACGAGCGUGAUCUGUUGUCCGAUUUUCUCAUCAUCAUUCUGAGGGAUAUCCUACAGAGACGUCCAGAUCUCAAGCUGAUACUCAUGAGUGCUACACUCAAUGCUGAGGCAUUCUCAAAAUACUUCUAUGAUUGCCCAAUGAUCAAUGUGCCAGGAUUUACCUACCCUGUGAAGGAGUAUCUUCUGGAAGAUGUCAUUGAACUCCUCAGGUAUGAAGUUCCAGACAAAAUGUUGAAGAGAAGAUCCAGAAAGCGCAGAGAGUUCAAUAAGGCCAUGGAGGAGGAAGAAAUGAGAGAGGCAUGGCUACGUAACCUGGAAGGCGGAAUCAACACAAACAUGAGAUGCUCAAGAGGUACUCUGGAGGCAUUGAGAUGUAUGGACAUGACGAAAAUAGAUCUGGAAUUAAUUAAACAGCUUAUAAAAUACAUUGUCACUUCUAAAGAUGAUGGGGCAAUUCUUGUGUUCCUACCAGGGUGGACAGAUAUCAGUGAACUGCAUAAGAUGUUGACAAGGGAUACAUUUUUCAGCCCCUCUGCUUUUCGAUUGAUACCAUUGCAUUCAAUGAUGCCGACCAUGAACCAGCGUGAAGUGUUUGACAGACCUCCAGAGGGAGUAAGAAAAAUUGUCAUAGCAACAAAUAUAGCUGAAACAAGCAUAACAAUAGAUGAUGUAGUGUAUGUGAUAGAUUGUGGAAGGAUCAAGGUGAAGGGUUUUACACCAGAGAAUAACCUAGCCACGCUUGAUGCUGAAAUGGUUUCACGUGCCAAUGCCCGACAGAGACGCGGUAGAGCAGGAAGAGUGCAACCAGGUGAAUGCUACCAUCUGUAUACCAGUCUACAGGAAUCUCUCAUGUUAGAUUAUCUACCUCCAGAAAUAUUGAGAACCAGACUGGAAGAGUUGUGUCUACAAAUCAAAUAUCUGAAAUUGGGAGAGAUUAUGCCAUUUGUAAAGAAAGCCAUGCAACCUCCAUCCCUGGCAGCAUUAAUGUCGGCCAUUGUCAAUCUUCAAAACCUUAAUGCCUUAGACAGUAGAGAAAAUCUUCUGCCCCUUGGUAAACAUUUGGCUCGAAUGCCUUUAGAUCCACACACUGGCAAGAUGAUCCUGUUUGGGGCGAUGUUUGGUUGUUUGGAUCCUAUACUCACCAUUGCAGCUAGUCUCAACUUCAAAGAUCCUUUCUUUAUUCCACUGGGUAAAGAAGCAUUGGCAGACAAGUCAAGAAUAGAACUAGCUCAGGGAUCGUGUAGUGAUCAUCUGUUAUUGGUGAAGGCAUUCCAGCGCUGGGAGAGAGCCAAACAACGUGGUACCAAUAGACAACUGUGCUAUGACUACUUCAUGUCAGAAUCAACACUUUGG